UUCGUUUUACUCUGUCUGAUCCCGUUGACGAGACUAUGCAGGGUAACCUUUGUGGGGAGCGUAACAAGGAAUGUUUCCACAGGGCGGCACACUUUCCCUAAGUGCCUGCUCCCUUUCUCCCUCCCCCCCCCGGUUUAGUACGGCCCUACCCUGUGCCGAGGUUUCCCUUUGCCCUGGGGGAAUCUACUACAAGGACUGCUUUAUUGCUUGAGAGUCCGAGCGGGCUGAAGGUGUUGAGCUUGGGUUCUCGCCACCGCCAGACCUAAGCCGGGCCAUGAGGAGCGGCAGGGACUGCCCGGCCACUUCCCCCAACUCCCGCGCCGAGGUGCCCCCGGGGGAUGCCUUAUAGAAGAGAGAAUGAGAAAAAGCAGGGUGUACCGAAUGGUCCUGGCCACUUGUCUGGGCUCUCUGCUUCUGGUGAUCUUCUACUUCCAGAGCAGUCUCAACCCAGCUGCAGAGGACAGGAUUCUGAGGACCAGCUGGCAUGGGAAGUCUGGGCGAAGUCCACUUCAAGCUCUUUACAAUAGCGACCAGUUUGAGCUGUCCUGUCUGCAGGCAACUCAUCAACAGCGGCGGGAACUGCUAAACAAUGUGUGCAAUCGUUAUACACGCAAGCGGCGCCUCCUCACUUCUGAUGACUUACGCCACCUGGUGGUCGAUGAUGUUCAUGGGUUGCUCUACUGCUACGUCCCCAAGGUGGCUUGCACUAACUGGAAGCGAGUCAUGAUGGUUUUGACUGGACAGGGCAAGUACCAAGACCCACUGGAAAUCCCAGCCAAUGAGGCUCACGUAUCUUCCAACCUGCACACCCUGUCUGAAUACAGCAUUCCUGAGAUCAACUACCGCUUGCGUAACUACCUCAAGUUCAUAUUUGUGCGGGAGCCUCUUGAACGGCUGGUGUCUGCCUACCGGAACAAGUUCACCCGUAGCUACAAUACAGCAUUCCAUAAGCGCUACGGGACAAAGAUCAUUCGGCGGCAUCGUCAGGACCCUAGCAACGAGGCCCUGGAGCGCGGCCAUGAUGUUCGUUUUGAGGAGUUUGUGUACUACUUGCUGGAUCCACAGACACAGCAUGAAGAGCCGUUCAAUGAGCACUGGGAGCGAGUGCACUCCCUUUGCCACCCCUGCAUCAUCCAUUAUGAUGUAGUAGGCAAGUAUGAGACAUUGGCCAAGGAUGCCAAUUACAUCCUGCGAUUGGUUGGGGCUGACGCAGGCGUCAAGUUCCCAUCCUCCUCCAAGACCACCAGGACCAACGAUGACAUGACGGCUAAGUUCUUCCAGAACAUCAGCCCCUUCUACCAAAGCAGGUUAUUUAAUUUAUACAAAAUGGAUUACUUGCUCUUCAAUUACUCCAUCCCUACUUAUUUACGCAUCCGAUGAGAUUGGUAAUAAGACACCUGCCCCUCCCCUCUUCUAAUUUCUGCUGUCAGCCAAUGAAUAGAUAGGAGGUACUUAACCCUUUCCCCUCUUGCUGCAAUGGCCAUUCUGGUACAAUUGCAGCUUGUGAAAACUGGAGCCCCAGUUCCUGCCUCUUCCUCUCCCGUACUUCAAUUAAAGGGAUCUACUGUUGUUGAAUCAGCCUUCCUCCAAUCCCUCAGCCAAACAGAAUUGUUUCCAGGGAACGCCUGGAACUAUGGCCUUUUGGGGGGGAUGGGGGGAAUAAGGAGACAGGAGAAUCAACCUGGAACAAUCAGAGAAGUCAUAAAAUAUGCUAUGUAUUUUAUGUGGUGUUUGAAAUUCCCUCAAGCCUCUCUCUUUCCUUGUAGAUUGAAGAAUGGGGAAAAUGCGAGCCAAAAGUGUCUUAUUGUGAACAAUGUCUCAGUGUGAACUAACAUUUUUCUGUGAGACAAAGCCUUUUUUCAUCUCCCCAUUUCUUUCUUUCCCAACCAAACUGAGCGCUUCCUUCAGACAGCCCACCAAAUCCUACUCCCAUGCAAAUUCCAUUGAUAUGAAUAGAAAUUGCACUGGGACACAACUUAACAGACUGCCUGCUCCGUCUGUGUGUGUGUGUGUGUGCACGUGCAUGCACGCGCAUGCCUGUUCAUGUACAGGAACAUCCUAAUCAAAAGUCGUAAUGAAUGACUUCCUUCAAGCCUUAAAGUACAUAUUAAUGUGCAUUGGUUGCAUGGAGGAAUUGCUGUGGCUGCCUCUUUUUGUGUGCCUAGCUCAGGAACAGCCCUAGAAAUGCUGUGGACGUACAACUCCCGCCAGCAUGGCCAAUAGCCAUGGAUGAUGGGAGUUGUAAUCUAAAACAUCGGGAGGGCACCAUGUUGACUACCCUUUGCCUAGCUCAACACGGGCCUAGCCAACUUAAAACGUGAAGACCAGGUUCUUCAGUUUAACCACUGAAAGGGGGUACUAUCGAUGUUUUAAAACACUUGACAUUAGAAGAUCGCAACUGUGCUUUUAAAAAUGUGGCUUAUGGCUGUUCACAAACCUUUCCCUCCCCCUUUUUUUGCUUUACCCAUCUAAGGAAAAGUGCACUAUGCAUCUUACCUUUAUUUAUAUUUGAACAUUUUCAGCUGGCUUUCAUGACACAGUAAGCCAAACUAUGGCUUACUGGGCCUGCAUGAACAGAAAGGAGUCCUGAAGAGGAGCUUGUGGCUUCUUUGCUCCUCCCUGGUCCUUUUUUGUGCUGAGCUAAGCCCAGGUUUGGCUUGCUGUGUCGUCCAAUCCCAGGCUUGUGUUUGAGCUGUCUCUCACACUAACCAUGAACUGUACCCAAAACCCAAAACCUUUGCUUCCUGUAUCGUGUGAAUCAGGCCUUUGUGUUCCACCACAUCUAGCCCUACAGAAGGGAUCCCUGCCCUCCCACAUGCCUUUUUUGGUAAGGGGAGAAUGUAGAACAUGCCUCGCAGUUCCAGUUGGUUUCUUGUUUCUGGAAAUUUGCUCUUCCACUUUCCCAUUUGUCCUCUCUCACGCAUACAACUUCCAGAGGGGGAAGAGAAUGCCCAUAGGACAUUGUUGCUGCCCUCUGCCCUCUAGGAAAACCUGCAUUCUCUUUGCUAACCAUUACCAUCCCUGCAGGGAGAGGAAUGUAUAUUCUGAGCAGUGGCCUUCAUCUCAGAGCUGGCUACUCUCUUAAGUCUGAAACGUAGGAGAGAAUGGAGGGAUGCAAUUGUCAGGUGGGGCAGGACGCAUGCUGUGUUGGUGCAAUACUUUAACGGCUGAGCUGCUGCUAAUUGCGACUCCAGAAUUAAUGCAGUUCUGGUGUCCUGUAAAUUAGGGCUGUGCCAAAUGUUCAUCUGUGAACAUUUGCAGUGCAAAAGUUGGGCUUUUUGAAGUAGGAAAUACCCCUCUCCUCCCAAACCCCAACUGUGCUUUUAAAAACGUUGCUGCUCGCAACCCUUUUGUUCCCCCUCUCUUCAGUGCUGUUUUCCUGCUUCUCCUUCGCUGUGGUGUCCAAGCUAGUUGGGGAUCACGUAGUGACCAAUGUGAGGCCGCAAUGUCAUGUAACCGAUCAGAUUUUACUAUAUGAUGACAUCCUGAGUGAGAGCGACGUUUCCUCAGCUGACCCUGAAUGGGCAAACACUUUCCCCCUUGUUUCCAGUCCUCCUGAAAAAUCACCCGGGGGGCGGGGGCGGUGCUUUCCAUAAGGGAAACACAAAAGGCGCUGCCCUUCCAUGCCAGCCAUAUUAUAAAUAUUUUUUUAUCUGCUUAUUAAGGCACUGCAUCAACUGUUUGUUUCCUUAGAAUAGGCAAGGGCAACCUGUGGCCCUCCAGUUGUUCAAGUCCAACUCUCAUCAGCCGCAGCCAGCAUGGCCAAUGGUCAGGCAUCAUGGGAAUUGUAGUCAAAUAACUACUGGAGGGUUCCCCAUGCCUGCCCUAAAACAAAAGUAUAACAGAGAGAGAAAGAGAGUGUCUCUCUGUGUGUCCCUUCUUAAUUAGGAUAGGGAAUUUCUUCUCCCAAGUGGUCCAUCUCCAGCUCAUCUCUUUAAUCUUUAUGCUCCUACCUCUGAUUCAUGCUCCACCCAUUCAAAAUAAUUGAAUAAACUCUUAUACAAAUAAUUGAAUAAACUCUUAUACAAAGAAAAUGGCUUAGCUGAACCCUGAGCUUUAGGUUAGGAUGCCUCCUUUGAAUUGGGGACAUGAGGCUUCCUGGAUCAAGGUGCCACCCUAAAAGAAGGGAUGAUGGAUUUGGAAGGGGUUGGCUAUAUUAGAAAUCUUACAAACUGGAUUUGGUUCAGGAAGAGUUUGAGUAAAGAGAGCAAUCACUGAUCGGGGUGUCCUGCUCUAUCCGUAACCUACAUCCAGACAGACUUCCCUUACAUUAAGCUUGGAUUACGUUGAGCUUAAAUGAGCCACAUAAUGGUCUAUGUAUCAAUCAUUGCUUCCCAUUCAAAAUCUCUGCCAGUAAUCUUUUUUAUUUUGCUGCCAAGCACUUUGAAAUCCUGAAGAACUGGAUGCACUCUAGAAAUGGGAAGGCAGGAAAACCUAAAUGAUGAUGAGGGAUUUGGAGGGGAAGAACAUGUGUGGAAUGGGGGACAUAUUGCCUGGAUAUGGAACUGAGAGAGAGAGGCUUAACUGGUAAGCCAUUGUCAGUCUGCCUAGCUUUGAAGCAUUUGUACUUGAAGAGACAAUUCUGGAACUGUAAAUUCAAUUGAGUCCAAUGGACAGUUUUGUUUAAAUAAA